AUGAGCCAGUCGAGAGUUGUUUGUAAGCCUGUGGGGUCUGGUACUUGGGAAUCAUCCCGGAAGCAGAACAAACUGCUGAAGAGCGUUCUCCAUGGUCGCAAGGUGGUCAGAAAACAUCCUAACGUUGAAGAUCCAACGGAAGAUAUUCAAGCUGCCGCCAACAUUGCCAACCUCCUCGAUCCUUCCACUGAGAUCGACUUUGAUGCCGAUGAUGUGCCCUGUUGGCGCAAGAUCAUCGAGAAGGAGGAAGCUAAGGUUCCCAUCGAGGAGGAAGAUACUGUUGAUGUUAAUUAUUCCUCCAUCAGAGCACACCAAGGAAGCUGUGAAGAAGACAGAGUUUUUGUUGCCAGCAAUCAAGAUGUCUAUGAGAAGACACUGCCACAAAACACUGAAUAUCAGAACGUUGUUGAAGACCUUGCUGAUGAAGAGAUGAAGGCAGCAAAGGCCAAGGGUUUUCGAUUCGUUUGGUUUCUGGUGAAGCGCCUCCUAACCUCAAACGUGUCGCCGCGACUGAUGUCUGGUGAAGUGAAGACGUGGAGGAGGAGAAGCUCAAGGACGAUCCUCAAGCUCAAGAUGUCGUCGUGGAAGAACUUGAGUGAUCGGCCAGAGAAGGAGAAGAACAAUCCAACCGAGGCCGAAGUGGAGGACAUGAAGCAGAAUGUCAACAAAAUUCGAAAGAUGGAUGAAGAGAAGGGAGCGCAAGACAGCCUGGAAAAGGAACUUCCGGGACCUGAGCAAAUGCUUUCUUCGCCUUCUCCAGCAACGAAUGAAUUGAAGACAUCUCCUUUGGCAAAUUAUGUCUCCGUCUCAGAUCGCGCGUGUGCUGAAGCUGUGGCCGAGUUGAAGAAGGCGCCGCCUCCCAAGUGUUACCAAGAAAAGGAUGAUGAUGCGAUUUACCAUUUGAACGAUGAUAGACUCGACUUCACGCGUGCUCUUGGCUAUCAUGAGUGUGAGGGACCCAUUGGUCGUGAUUGGGACAGCGUGGACGAAGGUGAACGUUCUCGUUUCGAGAUGACUGGUGACUGUUGCGAAACCAUUCUGCUUGAGGGACGUCAUACUAUGUCCGAUGAUGAGUUCUAUGCAGCUGAUGCCCAUACCCAAGAGUAUAGAGAAGCCGACCUUGAGAUCGAGAUAGUGCAGCGCUUGGGAAAGACCUUUCGCGCUAAUCGAACAAAUGUGUUCUCCAUUCUGUACUUGUCGUUGUGCGAGGUGCGUGGACAGUUCGACAAAGCCAGAAUCACUUGGGAAAGCAAAGAACGAGAACUGGAGGCAGAGGGUGAGAGGUAUGACAAGCUCCUCAGCCUUUUCGACAAGCUGCAAAAGAAGUAUGACGAACUGUUUUCAAGGCAUGACGAGGGAGGGGCUACACUUGGUGAGGGUAUGGAUCGCUGUGCCAUUCAGAUUUUUGCAGCUUGGCUGCGUAGUGUGUGGGCGCUUCGAUGACAGUUUCCGCCUGACUUUUGGAGGGCAUUUUGUGCAGGAAACCUCGCAGGGUGCUGCGAGAGUGCUCUAGAAGAGUCUCGCGCAAAAGUGCCCUACGCAAGAGUGCCCCACAAG